AUGAAUUCCACCGAUGAUGCGCCAUCCGUUGGUGAACAGCUUUUGUCAAACUCUCAGAUGAUCCUGGUAAUUUCGUUUUACGUUGUGAUCUUUAUAGUGGCGCUAUUUGGAAACGCCAUCGGAUUGUACGUGGUCUUCGUCAAAGCAGUCACUAGAAAAUUAACCAAUCUUUUGAUCAAGAACCUGGCAAUCGCUGACUUGUUAGUGACAUUGACUAUCAUGCCAUACUCAGUACUGCACAUGUUUUUCAAGCCAAACCAAUGGUUUGGAGGUCCUGCUGGCACAGUCACGUGCAAAGCAAUUUUCUACGCCUUACCUGUUUCUAUUGCUGCAUCCAUAAUAACAAUGGUGGUUAUUUCUCUUGAAAGAUUUUGCGCCAUCUAUUGUCCACUGCGUCAAACCUUGCUCCGAAACGGUAAAACGUUAACAGCAGUAAUCUGGCUCAUUUCUUUGAUUUCUAUGAGUCCUUAUCUGCUCCUCUUCAACGUUGUUCACUAUAGGGGGUCCCAUUUUUGUCUGCAAGGUUUGCCAUGGACAGACGACCCUCAAGAGGUAUUGCCAGUCUUGAAGAUAUUCUACAUCAUCUUGUUCGUCCUGUUUUAUGUCCUCCCCCUCCUAGGAAUAUCUUUCCUGAACAUCAUCACUGCUCGACGCUUGUGGUUUCACAAUGCGCGAGGAACCAACUCCAGGACGGCAAGUGAACUACGGAGGCGGAGCGUUGUCAAAAUGUUAAUGAUCAUUGUCUUGGCAUUCACGUUGUGCUGGUUACCCGCACACGUGAUGCAUUACUUUUUCCUUUCAAAACAGGCCAAAAUUCCCAAAUUAACAGGUUACUUGUUGUUUUGGGUGUCACAUUCAAACAGUGCUAUAAACCCUUUAUUGUACAUGGCUUUUAACAAAAGAUUUCGUUGUGCAUGCCUUAACGUAUCUAUUGCACUGCUCAGGUCACCCUUCCAUGCAAUAAGUGCAUGUGCAAAUCACCCCUCUCCACAGAAGUCUAUACCGACAGAAUUUCGAACAAACAAGCAACCCGCAAGAAAACGUGAAGACAGAGCUUUUUGUAUGGAACCUGUCGCUAGUGCCUGUCAAAACCGUCCGCGUGGACUGUACCAAGAAACUAUGGUGUAA